AGAUCCUCCUUCUCCUCUGGGUGCGUGUAAUUAUAUAAAUGGGCUUCGUCGGGUCGGCGAGGUGGAUCUAUUCUCUCUUGAUUUGUAUCAUCUCAAUUGCUAUAGUUCGCUUCUCAGGAAAGAUUCAAUCUUCGAUCUCCGACUUUGCACUGCCCGUUUCCCCAAUAAUAUCUUAUCUUCAGACCGAAAGUAUCUCCAUAAUUCGAGCUCCGGAUUCUUCAUCGGCUCAGAGCACAGUACCGAUCGCUUCUCAAAUGUCAAUUCCGCGAGCCAUUCGGCAGGCAUUCCUUGCCAUUGAACAGCCCGAGGGCGCCGGCGCGCGGGUGCGCCGUUCCAUUGGCACCGCAAAGCUCAGAAAUUUCAGCCCAUUUCUGAUGCUCGAUCAUUUCACUAUCGGAAAGGGCGCAGGCUUCCCCGACCAUCCUCAUCGCGGCCAAGAAACCAUAACGUAUCUUCUCUCCGGAGGAGUUGACCAUGAAGACUUUGCUGGAAACAAAGGCACAAUUGGGCCCGGCGACCUCCAAUUCAUGACUGCGGGGCGAGGAAUCAUGCACGCGGAAAUGCCCCACGAGAAUCCCGACGGAAGUCCAAACGUCGGCAUGCAGUUGUGGGUGGACCUCCCGGAAAAAUUAAAGAUGUGCGAACCUAGAUAUCGUGAUCUCCGCGCCUCCGAAAUCCCUACUGUUACAGCGGACGACGGCAAAGCGAUAAUCAAGGUCAUAUCGGGUCAAUCACAUGGCGUUGAUUCCGUUCGGGACCUUGCCUAUACACCCGUUUGGAUAUUCGAUAUCACGCUCAAGCCGGGAGGAGAAGUGACGCAGACCUUGCCGAAGGGCUGGAAUGCGUUUGCAUAUACAUUGUCUGGUGAAACCACCUUUGGAAAGGAUUCAGGUGCAUCCUCAGCUUCAUCUUCGGCCGGAUCACUGUCGAAGACUGUCCCUGAAUACCAUAACGUUGUCUUUGACCGGGAGGGGGAUUUUGUCUAUGCUUCUAGUAAGCCAAACUCAAGGGAGCAUUCUCGCUUUAUGCUGGUUGCCGGCCAACCACUUGAUCAAAAAGUUGUCCAAUACGGCCCAUUUGUGUUGAGUUCUCAAGAAGGUGUCUAUCAGGCUAUGUUGGAUUUCCAAUCUUCAUCUAAUGGGUUUGAACGAGCAAGAGGCUGGGAAAGUGAGAUUGGAAAGAGAAUGGGAUAAGGAAUGCUGGGAUUGUUCAUGAAUGAUGAUAUACCACCAACAUGAAUGUUGUUUGUAGUUUUAGCUUUUUUUUUUUUUUCUCACUUUAUUAAAUUGAUAUUUGAAAUGUAAAUGUUGAGAAAUGUGUAGUAAUUAAAUUCCACCUUCUUUAUCACCUUGUG